AAGAGCUUGGCAAUCUUGCAAAAAUGGAGCUAUUAUCACUGUCAAAUAAUUCCUUGACAGGAACUAUUCCCUCACUUAUCUUCAACCUUUCUUCUUUAAUUGGCAUGGACUUCUCAAAAAAUAGCCUGACUGGUAGCCUUCCAGAAAACGUGUGCCAACAUCUUCCCAAUCUUGAAGUACUGUACAUGUACUAUAAUCACCUCAGUGGUCCAAUUCCAAACAGUUUGGGGCAAUGCACAAUGCUUCGUAUCCUUGUGUUGUCAAACAACCAAUUUGAAGAACAUAUUCCAAGAGAAAUUGGGAACUUGACAUUAAUCAAGUAUCUAUAUCUAGACUCGAACAAAUUAACAGGUGAGAUACCGUAUGAAAUUGGCAAUCUUCACAAUCUUGAGCGACUGGUACUUGGAUAUAACCAUUUAAUUGGCCCUGUGCCAACAACUAUACUCAACAUUUCAACAAUGCAAACGAUUGAAUUGUAUGUCAAUCAACUCUCUGGAAUCCUUCCAUCAAUUGCAGAGCUGCCGAACCUUAAGGGUCUUUUCUUAUGGGAAAAUAAUUUCAGUGGGCCAUUUCCUAAUUUCAUCACCAAUGCGUCCAAGCUCUCUAUGAUAGAUAUCUCAUCUAACUCAUUCUCAGGCUUCAUUCCUGGUGCUAUUGGAAAUUUAAAUUUUCUUGAGAUACUAGAUUUAGGAGAUAAUUACUUCACAUCUACUUCUGAUCUGAGCCUUCUUUCCAGUCUAACAAAUUGCAAGAUUUUAAGAGUUCUAAGGUUUGGCAAAAAUCCAUUGAAUAGCAUCCUUCCAGGUUCCAUAGGGAAUCUUUCUAUUUCUUUGGAAUAUUUUAACAUAAAUGAUUGCAACAUUAGUGGCAAAAUUCCCAAAGAAAUCGGAAACUUGAAAAACUUGCUAGAACUAAAAUUACAAGAUAAUGAAUUGACUGGACCAGUUCCAUUUACCAUGGAUAGAUUACAAAAUCUCCAAGGUUUGUAUCUUCAAAAUAAUAAAUUUGAAGGACUCAUCCCAGAAUUUUUUUGUCAUUUAAAUGAAUUGGAUGAGUUGAAUUUGGGGGGAAACAAGUUCUAUGGAGCCAUUCCUGCAUGCAUUGGCAAUCUUAGUAUGUUGAGAAAAUUGUCUUUAAGUUUAAACAGGUUAACUUUUUCUAUACCGUCAACUUUGUGGAACCUUGAGGAUCUCUUGUACUUUGAUUUGUCAUCAAAUUAUCUGAACGGAUCCCUUCCGUUAGGCAUUGGAAAUCUUAAGGUUGCCAUAGCUAUAAAUCUGUCAAGGAAUCUUUUUUCAAGAGAGAUUCCAAUUGUUAUGGGAAGCCUAGAAAAUCUGCAAUCUCUCUCCUUAGGAUACAAUAGGUUACAAGGCUCCAUUCCUGAAACAUUUGGGAACUUGAAAAGCCUGGAAUUCUUGGAUUUAUCUGGAAACAACCUUUCUGGAUUGAUUCCCAAGUCUUUGGAGGCACUCUUGAUCCUUUAG